GACCUUUCAUGUCAAGAUUCAUAACGAGAUUCUUCGUGACGACUUCAAACAUGGCAGUUUUACUCCCUUUCAUACUGCUUUUAUCUCUUUCCUAUAUGAUACAAGGACAGACUAGUCAACGACCCGAACAAGUUCACCUUUCUGCUACGAAUGAUGUAACAGAAAUGGUAGUAACAUGGGUGACCAUGCAGUACACUGCAGAUUCCAUUGUAGAGUACAACAAGAAAGGAGGUCCACUAGACUUGAGGGUAACUGGAACCGUCACCAAGUUUGUAGAUGGUGGAUCUUUACAUAGGACUAUGUAUAUCCAUAGAGUUAAGCUGACAGGGCUGAUGCCUGAACAGAGCUAUGAAUAUCAUUGUGGUGGAAAUAAUGGCUGGAGCGAUGUCUUCUGGUUUACAGUACGACCAGAUGGUACAAAAUGGAGCCCAAAAAUUGCACUGUUUGGUGACCUUGGUAGUGUCAAUGCUCAGUCCAUUCCAUUUUUACAGGAGCAAACCCUUCAUGGUGACUUUGAUGCCAUUCUGCACAUAGGUGAUUUUGCAUACAAUAUGGCUUCAAAUGAUGCUAAAGUAGGAGAUGAGUUCAUGAGGCAGAUUGAACCUGUCGCAGCUUAUAUACCGUAUAUGACAUGCCCUGGUAAUCAUGAAAGUUCUUAUAACUUCACAAACUAUAGAAAUCGCUUCACAAUGCCUGGAAACUCCCAAAACAUGUAUUAUAGUUUCAACAUUGGUCCUGUCCACCUCAUUGCAUUUUCCACUGAGUUUUACUUCUAUUGGGCAGAGGAAGGCAUUGAUAGGAUUGCUGAACAGUUUGCAUGGCUGGAAAAGGAUUUGAGGGAGGCAAGUUCACCUGAAAACCGUACAAUACGUCCAUGGAUUAUGRCAAUGGGACACAGACCCAUGUACUGUUCUAAUAUUGAUCAUGAUGACUGCACCAAGCAUGAGAGUGUGAUUCGCACAGGAUUCUCUGAUGAUCACAAGUUCGCUCUUGAGAAACUGUUCUACAAGUACGGUGUUGAUGUUGAACUUUGGGCUCACGAGCAUUCAUACGAGCGUUUGUUUCCAGUCUACAAUCGUCAGAUGUGUAAUGGAUCAAAAGCUGAACCAUACACCAACCCCUGUGCCCCAGUUCACAUCAUCACUGGAUCAGCUGGAUGUUCAGAAAUCCACGAUCCAUUUAAGUAUGAUUAUGGCCCAUGGACAGCUUUCCGCUCUCUAGACUAUGGUUACACACGCAUGCAUGUUUACAACAACACACACAUCUACUUUGAUCAGUUCAGUGUUGAAAAGAAAGAAGCUAUUGACAGCAUUUGGCUUAUCAAGGAAAAACAUGGAGCUUAUUAACACAGGAUUUCUGACCAUCAAAAUUGAAUUAAUUUCCACAUUCAUGCUAAUCAGUUAUUUGAUUAAAUAUUGCAAUUAAUUUAAAACGCUCAAGGAAAGGGCAGGCUUCUAAUGACACUGUCCUGUUUCCUCCGUUGUCUCAACAAUAAUUUAUUACUGGGAAAUAAUUGAUGCUUAGGAUAAGAGCUAGCUAGAAUGAUGGUUUUUAGGGAGUAGACUCUGCUGGAAUGAUGGUUUUUGGGGAGGAGUAGAGAUGGCUAGAAUGAUGCUCUUUAGGGAGGAAUAGAGAUGGCUAGAAUGAUGCUCUUUAGGGAGGAAUAGAGAUGGCUAGAAUGAUGCUCUUUAGGGAGGAGAAGAGAUGGCUAGAAUGAUGCUAUUUGGGGAGGAGAAGAGAUGGCUAGAAUGAUGCUAUUUGGGGAGGAAAAGAGAUGGCUAGAAUGAUGCUUUUUUGGGAGGAGAAGAAAUGGCUAGAAUGAUGCUUUUUAGGGAGGAAAAGAGAUGGCUGGAAUGAUGCUUUUUUGGGGUGGGGAAUGUUUAUUUUUUAUACGUAGAGGAGUGGACUUUAAUUGGCGUAUUAAACAAUGCAGCUUUAGCUUUUAUUUUAUUUUUUUUACAAUCAUUAGUGUACCAAGUGAAAUUAUGUUAUUUUAAAUUUAAUGCACAAAAAUAAUUAUUGUUAGUUAUGUAUUAGUGGAUAACCCAUUGAUAAACUCUGGAACACAGAGCACAUGAUUGCCAACACACUGUCUUUUGCGUGCAUGAUUCCUGUCACACAGUUGACAGAAUUCAACUGUUUACUCAUUGAAUGUACAGUGAAUGAUAUGCAUUAGAUGAAUGCAUAGUUAGUUGCUGUUUUAAUUAAUGAAAUGAAUUUUGUAUUUUGCCUGCAAAUGAUCAUCAAAUCAAUAAAGUAAUAUAUAACAACUAAAACAAAUGACAGAAAGUUGAACUAGCAGUAAAGAGAAAAAACACUGAAUUGCAAUUCUAUGAGAAUUCAACAAAUUUUCCCUUUUUUUCUCGCUUUCAAAUCACUUAAAUAAUCUGCUUUUUCUAGUAGAAAAUACUAAAUUUCUAUCAACAUAAAAUGCUUCUAUAUUUCUAAUACUUUCUAAUAUUUCUACAUUGAAUUGUCUGUUAAAAUGAUCUGUUAAAGAAUAUAUUAAUAAUGUUGAUUAUUUUUUUAAUCAUUAGACCUCCUCACAAUAAAAAUAAUACCAGAGACAUCAUCUUUUUUAGCAUCUUUAAAAACGUUGCCGGAAAAACUGUGAAUGCCUCCAUGGGCUUCGUUCAUGUGCCAGCCAAUAGAUUUUCCCACGCGUUAGCCUCCCAUUCAAUUGUUUGAGAAUAAAUUUACAUGGGUUAAACAAAGGUUUGUAUUCUCAUUAAAGUGAACAUGGCUGCCGCGUGAGUAAGGCCCUUAACAGUAGGGUUAAAUUGUAUUUUUCUAGUAGAAACUUGUGUGAGAAUAUCUACCCAAGGUUUCUUAGGGUAUUUCCUAACAAGAUGAUGCCUUUGGUACAGACAAAUCUUUGAAGUGUGUAACCCAUAUAUUAAUACCACUAUUGUUUCUACUUUUUAUAGUCCUUGACUUUUGUAAGUUCUAAAGCUGCCUUUGAUUACUGUCUUUAUAAUAACUUAUUUUGUCCAUGUUGAAUUCUACCCUGCUUGCUGAGAUCUUAUGCCUACCAUUUCAGCUGCUCAGCCCAUUGGAGAAUUAAAAAUAAACCUGCUGCUAGCAGAAUAAAAUUA